GCCGGCGAAAAAAGCGUCGGCGGAGGUGCGGCAGGUGCGUGUGACGGCGAGUGCGGGCGGAGGGGCACGCAGCGUGCGGAGCAACAGUGCAGGGUGCGCACCAGCGUCAGGACGUGACAUCGACAUGUCGUCCCUGACUCGCUCAGAGUACCGACAUGAGGAGCAGCGCCGAGUCACCGAGUCUCCGUUCAAGGAGACCAAGUGGGACCGCCACCUCGACACCCUGCUGACGGACCUGAACGAGUCGGUGGGAUCGAGCCGCUCGCCGGCCGGCACGCAGCAGCGCGCCGUAGUGCCAGCCGGCGGACCUGGCGUGGUGACCGAAGUGCGCGGUGCGCCCGGCUCCGGCGACUUCCACGAGCGGCGCGAGUACGUGUCGCCCGACCAGCGCACGCACGUGGUGCAGGAGCGGUUCGAGCGGACGUCUCGGGGUGACGCCGGGGUGCCGGGCCGGCUGUUUGUGUCUAACCGUUACGAGACUAACAACGAGCUCACGACUAACCGGUGGCCGCCCGGCGACUACGGCCGCGGCUCCGACUACGGCCCGGCGCGACGCGCCCACGACCUGCGCUCGCCGGACGCCCUGCGCUCGGAGCCGGACUACAGCCGCGGCUACGGCCCGCCGCGGGGCGGCCACGACCUGCGCUCGCCGGACGCCCUGCGCUCGGAGCCGGACUACAGCCGCGGCUACGGCCCGCCGCGGCGCGGCCACGAGCUGCCCGACGACCUGCGCUCGGAGCCGGACUACAGCCGCGGCUACGAGCCGGAGCCGCUGUGGCGCGGCCGCGCCGGCUCGAUGCGCAGCGAGUCCGGCGCGCUGGUGCACCGGCCGGAGCCGACCGAGCCACUGGGCCGCCGGUACGGCUCGGCGCGCGCGCCGCAGCACGGCCGCCGCUCGCCGCCCUACGCCGAGGUGUACCGGGCCGGCGGCGAGCCGUACGGCUACAGCCGACCGUACCAGGCGCCGGGCGCGUUCGCCCGCGCGCUCAGCCCCGUCCAGCCGUCCGCCGCUAACAGACCUACUAACUACGGCGGCCGCUUCGACUCGAACCAGGCGGUCACCAAGCAGGUCUACAAGACCUCGUACUCCGGCGACUCGGCCCCCCAGCCGAUCCAAGAUGGCGUCGACCCUGCCGUUCAAACUUUUGACGGUCCCGCCGGGACCAGCACGCCGUACCGGCACACCAACGUCAGCAAGACGACCAAAACGAGCAAGUACACGACCAGCGGUGGGCCGGCGCCGGACCCGACGACGCUGACGCCGGGCGAUCAGCUGACGGUGAUGGGGCUGACUGGGCCGCGCCACUCGCCGUCGCCCAACCCGCUGGAGGGCCUCGACCGCAACCUGGUGCCCGAGCUGAGCGAGCCGCCGCAGCCGGGCACCACGCGCGUCACCAAGUACGAAUACCGCAGCUCUAACCGGCGCGAAGUCAGCCCGCAGCCAGUGCCGGCGCCGGCGCCGGCGCGCACCCUGCCGCCGCCCGAGAGCACUCGUAGUUACGUGGACCGCCGCGAGUACACCAGCGCCACCAACACGCUGGAGCAUCCGCCGCCGCCGGACACCACCGACAAGACGGUGACGUACAACGUCUACAACACGGAGCAGCAGGUGCCACAGCCGCCGGUGGUACCGGGUCAGCCGGGGUCCAACACCACCAUCAAUUACCACAUCUACAACUACGGCACACUCGGGCCGGACGGCCAGCCGGUGCUGCCGCCUGGUGUGCUGCCGCCGGGCUCGGCGCCGCCCUCCGCACCCGGCACGCUGCCGCGCCACGAGGUGAACACCAACACCAGCACCACCAGCAGCACGUACCGCUACCGCGAGCAGAGCCCGCCGGUGCAGAAGUCGCCCGCGCCCGGCACCGACACCACCAUCAGCAACUCGUACGUCUUCGAGAAGCACUCGCAGGGGGCGCCGCCGCCGCGGUCGGCGCCGUCGCCGGCGCCGGCGCCCGGCCCGCCCGGCCCGCCCGGCCAGCCCGGCGCGCCCGGCACCUCCUACUCGACCAGUACGGUGACGAAGCACUACACGAUCGGACCGGACGGGCGCGAGGUGCCGGUGCGGCCGGUCUCACCCUACGACCAGCAGUACCCCAAGUUCCCGGUGGACGAGCCGCCGCAGGGCCACCACACCCGCACCACCACCACCACCAUCGAGCGGACGCAGACACACGGCAGCCCCUUCCCGGCGCGCAGCCCGUCGCCGUCGGGGCGGCGGCCGCAGCGGGACGACGGGCCGCGCGUGCCUUUCCCGGGCUCGCCGCGCCGGCCCGUCGACGACAUCGACACGCCGCGUCGCGUCGACGAGCUGAUGGCCCAAAUCCCCGACACGCCGCAGGACGGGACUUACCCGCACGGGCCGCGCCGCCGCGACCUCAACGGCCGCUCCUCCACCACCACCACCCACUUCACGGUGCACGAGACGGAGCCGCUGAUGGACACGCAGACCAAGGUGACUCUAGACGCCAAGUCGGGCGCCGUGGUGCCGCAGGCGGCCACCAAGCCGAUGGCAGGACCGCCCAUCUACUACCCGCCCGGCAGCACCGAGUUCAAGCCCAAGCCGGAGAGCGAGAUGAUGUUCCAGUCGUACGAGUCGCGCGGCGGCGGCAAGUACAAGUCCGGCUACAAGGCGAAAGGCAAGUACAAGGCCAAGGGCGGCUCCAAGGAGUCGCACGCCGAAGGUGGCGCCGUCAUCCCCAUCUGUCUGCCGCUCUGCUGCGGCGCCGCCUGCUCCGUCAUGUAACUGGUGGCGCCGUUAGCGACGCGUUGCUAGCGACAUCUACCGCCAACGCUGCGCGGCCGGCGUGCGCUGCGACAAACGCUCCCGGCAGCUGGCGGGCGAUGGCGCCCGCGCUCCCGCCCGUACUUUCUUGCCGUGUCAUUGGGUCGCCAAUCAAACCACGUGACCUGCGGCGUGGGCUGACGGCGGGGUCACGUGACAGCGCCAGUGCGUUAGUGGCGAGCGUGAGGGUUAUUAGUGUGAACUGUGCGUUGUCUGAACGACUAAAAGCUUACAUAGAUUUGUUAACUCGGGACUAUCCUGACCAUUAGGAGUUGGAUGAGAUAGUGUGCUAGUCAUGAGCGUGCGGACCGUAGAGUUGAGUCGUUAGGCCAGGCGUGCGAAUGUGGAGUUUUGUGGACGCUUCCGUGCCCGCCGUGCGGCGUUCUGUCAAAACCGCCUCAUGUCUUUGAAAACUAGCUUCAGAAGCACUGCUGACGUAUGCGAAUUUCCAGCGGAGCGAUACUACCCGACCUGUGACUGCGAAUGACUGUUGUUGCAUUUAUGGAAUGGUCGUCGCGAACGUGCGUGACGUGGUGCUUGUGACAAACGUCUGCUGACUCGGUGUAUGCGGAUUUGCCGCUCCUCAGCCCCGUGCCCUGGUGUAUGAUGAACAGAAGCGCAGGCAUUGCCUGUAGGUGGGCCGCCUCGGCCAGCUAGGGAUGCACCAGGCGCUGCGCCGCCUCCUCUGCGAUCCUCCUGUUCUCGUGUCCGUCGUCCAGUGGUCGGCUGCUUAACGUUUCUAACAUUGCGUUGUAUGAUUGCGCAAACUCGUCCGCGUGUGGGCGCGAACUGAGCUCGUGCAGGAUCGCUCCGGAUGCUGGUGCGGCCUGGCAUGCCCGGUGUUAUCGCCAACACGAGUGGGCGCGCCCGGCCGAAGGACGCUGGGACCGGCGCCUGUGAGUGGAGCCUGCUGAGGGGCCGCCCCCGCGUCAGAUCUGGAUAACGCCUGCUGAGGGGCCGCCCCCGUGUCAGAUCUGGAUAACGCCUGCUGAGGGGCCGCCCCCGUGUCAGAUCUGGAUAACGCCUGCUGAGGGGCCGCCCCCGUGUCAGAUCUGGAUAACGC